UUACGCCCCGGCAGGCUGUCAUCCGUGAACCCGUGCGCGCGAGAAAGCGGCGAGGAGAAUAAGUGUUAUUGUUGUGUCCGUCGAGCGCCUGUCAUUUAUUGUUCGGCCCCAGUUUUACCGAAGAGAGUGUAACGAUGCUUUAAUUGUUUGUGAUGGACGAGCGGGGCGAUUGACGUCGGGGUGGUGAUUUGUUAUGCUGUUUUUGUUUUUAACAGAGACGGUGCACCGCCACAUGCAGCAGUACGAGGUGGAGUACUUGCAGUUUGCCUUCCGCUGGAUGAACAACCUGCUUAUGAGAGAACUUCCUCUGCGCUGCACCAUUAGACUCUGGGACACUUAUCAGGCAGAGCCUGAAGGAUUCUCUCAUUUCCAUCUGUACGUGUGUGCUGCCUUCCUGGUGCGAUGGAGGAAAGAGAUACUAGAGGAGAAAGAUUUCCAGGUAAGAUGGGUUUUUUUUCUGUGUGUCGUGUUGUGCGGUCCCUGAGCCGCGGUGUGAGUCGUCCUUGCGUGAGACCCCUCCUCCCUCAUUAACUUGCGGGGUCGAGGGGUCAGUGCGCCUGCAUUAGUGUGAUGACAACAGCAGCUGCUGUAAGGUGACAUUGCGUCGUCCCUUUGAGACUCUUCUGUUUCCUGUCCUCUCUCGCUCUCGCUUGUUCUGUGCGAUUGAGAGGUAAAGGGUUUAGGCAUGGAGGCUUCGAGAGGGCAGAUGUGUCACCGGACGUACAAUAUGAGUUAUAUAAUCAGAAGUCCCAUGUCUAUUACUGGAUUCGAGUGGCUUACUUUCCCUCGUCCUGUCAAUCACUCAACCGUCCCAGCUCAAUGCCUGCAAUGUGUUUUCUGUUUGUCAUUUUUAUCAUUUAUUAUUAUUAUUCUUUAUUUAGUUUUUGUUUAAAUAUUCAGUGUUGCAAAGCAGUGCCAUG